CUCUUACUCCAGCACAUACGCGACGCAAUAUCGAUAUCAUGGAUACCAACUUACAUAGUUAUGCUGGUUUUGAACUCACCGAAGAACCCUUACUCUUCAGCGAUCCGAAUAAUUCAACCGAAAAUUCGCACUUCUCAGUUCGAUUGUCCGUAUACAAGGGCAUACCUACCGAAGGAUCUCAGCCAGAUGGAAAGACGUUCGUUCCAAUAGGUCCCGUUCUGACGGAUCGUUGGAUGGAGGCGAAACUGGUGGAUAAGUACCUUGAUCCCAACUACCGCAAGGAAGAAUAUGAUCGUGCUACUAAACCGGGUAACACAUCCCAGUUCAAGCCGUUUCACUUAUGGGACCAGAGCGGCGCGCUGCUCGAGACCUUUCCUGGUGACAACAAACUAUUCGUGGACCCCUCGGGAAAGACAGAGAAGGAGUGGGACGAAGAACAGGAGGCAAAGUGGAAGAAUAUCAUUGUAUCGAUGCAACAAGCAAAAUCAAAACUUCCGUGGAGUGUCUAUCUGCGCUUUCACCAACCAUCGGCGAACACGAAAGUCAAACUCGUCUUCACGCCUACGGAAGUUCCCUCAAAAUUUAGUGUGGAUCAAUUAAAGCAGGUAUUUAAGGACCAUGUCAAGACUCCAGAGAACAUCGAUGUUGAAUUCAAGUCGUGGGCGGAGGCAGUUCAGCUGCACCAGAAGGGUGAACUUUUUCUA